ACUUUUCGAGAUCAAAACCAGAAGUUUUUAAUAGCAAGUAUCACACGCAGAAGUGGAACUAAAAGUUCGAAAGAAAUUUCAAAUCACGUGUCGUGGACGUAUUAUGCGAAGGCUGUACUUGACAGAUAGGCAUCUUCGUGUAAUGCUUUGGUGCAUUCUGCUCGGACUCCAACCAGCUUUCGCUGGUAUCCUUGACCCCUUCAACUGGGCGCGCUCCGAUCGAAUUGAGGUCAACAUACCGUGGCUGCCAUUUGAAAAUGAAACGAGGUGCUAUGAUGAAUUGGGAUGUCUGAACAUAACCCGCAGCUGGUACCACUUGAUACAUCGACCGUUCAACGUGUUCCCACUUCCUAGAGUCGUUAUUAACACCAGAUUCAUCCUAUACACAAAGAAAAAUCCAACAGACGGACAGUUGUUGAACGUAAAUCUAAAUAAGACAAUAAUAAAAUCAAACUUCGAUCCUAAUCGACUAACUAAAAUGAUUAUUCAUGGAUUCAUAGACACGCCUCUCUCUAACUGGGUUAGUGAGAUGAAAGAUGAAUUGGUAAAAGCGGAUGAUUUCAAUGUGGUGGUAGUGGACUGGGCUGGUGGAAGCUUGCCGCUCUAUACACAGGCCACCGCUAAUACUAGAUUAGUAGGUCUCGAAGUCGCCCAUUUUGUGAACACACUCCAAAAGGAUCACGGAUUGAAUCCUUUGGAUGUUCACAUAAUAGGACACUCUCUCGGCGCUCACACAGCCGGUUACGCCGGAGAGAGAAUAAAGAACUUGGGAAGAAUAACCGGUUUAGAUCCCGCAGAGCCCUACUUUCAAGGAAUGCCAACACAUAUAAGGCUUGAUCCUACAGACGCGCAGCUCGUCGAUGUCAUACAUACGGACGGAAAGAGCAUUUUCCUUUUAGACUUUGUAUUUAUGGCAGGAUAUGGAAUGUCUCAACCGGUUGGUCAUUUGGACUUUUAUCCGAACAACGGAAAAGAACAACCGGGUUGCGAUUUGACAGAGGGACCUUUGAUACCACUGACAUUGGUGAAGCAAGGUUUAGAGGAAGCUUCAAGAGUACUGGUAGCUUGCAAUCAUGUGCGAGCUAUUAAACUCUUCACAGAAUCAAUCAAUAGCAAAUGUCCGUACAUAGGUCAUCAAUGUCCCUCUUAUCAACACUUUAUUAGCGGGAAGUGUUUCCACUGCGGUCAUGGUUGUGCAAUCAUGGGAUUCCACGCUGAUAGUUCUCCUGGUUUGAUAACUAAUAAAAACAAUCAGACAGAAAACGAGGUAUAUCCUUCAGAAGAACAAGACACGAUCGGUGCAAAAUACUUCCUGAGUACUGGCAAGGAACAGCCCUUCUGUCAACGUCAUUACAAAAUAGUUAUACAUUUGGCGAAUCCUAAAGGAGCUGAAUCAUGGGUGCAGGGCUUCCUAAAAGUUACUUUACAAUCUGACAAAGGAGUUAUUAGGGGAAUGGACCUCACUCCAUCUAAUUAUGUAAAGUUAGAACAUGGCACAUCUUACACAAUUGUUGUUACAAAUCCUAUGGAUUUAGGUGGUAAAGUGAGAAAAGUAGAGUUGUCAUGGGAGUACGAUAUGAAUGUACUGGAACCGCGAUCUCUUUGUAUUUUGUGGUGUAAUGAUCGACUCUACGUCAAGUCUGUUCUCGUAGACCAAAUGGAACUACCAAGCAGAGGGAAAAGAAACGUAGACUUCAGCAGCAAAUUAUGUACACCGAAGCGAGAAUUUGCUGAAAUACCCAACCGAGGAUCAGCAAGUUUCUACGAUAGCUGUGGAAGAUAGUGCCAUAUUUAGGUGUCACCCUGUGAUUAUUUUAGUUGGAACAUUAGGCGAUUCGCCUUUGGUUUGUUAAACUUGGUGUCUGAAAACAGAAAGGACAUUUUUCAUUCAGAAUUAAAUAAUUCCAGUGUGUAUAGUUAUAGUGUAAUUCCAUUUCGUAGAUAGGUGGAAAAAUAUUAUAAAUUAUAUAACAAAUAAAAAAAUAUUUUUACGAAAUUGUUCUGGACCAACGAAUUAUUUAUUUAAAAAACAAAAAAAUAUAUGCAAUGUAAAUGCUCUUAGCAUUAAUUAAUAAUUUAACGUUAAUUUCAUUUAAUAAAUUACGUAACGCUUAUUUAAGAAAUAUUCUUAUAU